UCGGCUCCAUCGCUCGUCCUCGUAAGCGAUACCCGCAUGUUCAUCCAAGAGAACGUCUACGCCAUCCUGGGCCACGGCAACUUCCAGCGGCGCCUGCUCUUCACCGGCAUGUUGUCCGUGGUGGUGCUGCUGCUGCACGCGUUCGCCAACUUCCUGAUCGGCCGCGACGUGGACCACUGGUGCCGACCGCCGGACGAUCUGAGCCACGUGUCCAGAGAGGCCUGGAGGAACGUGGCCAUACCAAUCGAAGCCGACGGCAGCCUCAGCCAAUGCACCGUCUACCACCCGGCCAUGCCGACGCCGGACGACGCCGGGGAGCUACGCACCGUGAUUCCGUGCUACCAUUGGGAUUACGACACCCAAGACGUCAGCGACAGCAUCGUGAGCCGGUGGGACCUCGUCUGCAACAAACGCUGGCUCUACAAGUUCACCACGGUUGCCAACAUGUUGGGAGCCACAUUGCUCGUGCCGGCCGCCGGGUUCGUGUCCGACAGGAUCGGGCGCCAGCUGGCCAUCAUGGGCAGCGUGCUUUGCCUCCUGGCCAGCAGCGUGGCCUGCAGCGUUGCGCAGACGUUCCUCAUGUUCCUGGUGACCCGGUUCUUUGUCUCCGCGGCCAGCUGCUCGGUUCAGGUGCUCAUGUUCAUUCUCAUCUACGAGGUGACUGGCAACCAGAACCGGGCAACGUACGGCGUCCUGGACACAGCACUAGGCACGACGCUGGUGCCGCCGGCUUUGCACGUGCUGUCCUAUUCAGGAGCCCCACUGGGUCAUGGCCCACUUGGUACUGCUGCUGCCCACGUUCAUGCUCGUUUUCUGGUGCUUCCUUCUCGACGAGUCCCCCACCUGGCUUCUCUCCACGGGAAGUCCACGUGCCGCGGAGGCAGCCGCCGUGGCAGCAGCGACUACGUAAACCUCGCCUACUACGGUCUCGUCCUUCAGAACACCGAUACCGGGCACAUAUGGCGCACAAUCCACAUGGUCGUCCAGGCGUUGCUCUACGCGAGCGUCUGUUGGUAUAUCAGCGACCACGGACAGCGCGAGACGCUCUCGAUACUGCUCGCCUUUCUGUGCGCCUCCGCCAUCGUUCACGCCGCCGCGUCCGCGACGAUGGCGGCUCCGGUUUCCUCCGCGGUCGCUCUCGUCGUCGAGAGCCUGGCGUCUGCAGCGCUAAGCGUCAACUACGGCUACACUGCGGAGGUCUUCCCCACGACCGUACGGAGCAUAGGCCUCACGAUCUCCUACGCGUUCGGUCGCAUGGGAGUCAUCACGGCUUCCGUGAUUGUGGUGCUCUGGGGUGGUCCCAACGAAGCCGACGUGCCUCUCGGUGUGGUCGUGGCCGCCUUGGCUUUGUUGAGCGCCGUUUCCAUCCAGUGGCUGCCCGAGAUCAUUGCCAGGAAAACGGAGAAGUCUGGCUGUGGCAGUGAGAAAGAACGGAAGGAAGCGAUCCUGGCGUCGCUGUCAUCCGCCGUCAAGCCGGCCAAGCACCCGAUUAACACCCGUCGAAGGUCAUCAGGAUCGGUCACCUUGUCACUGUCCAAGACCCGCACGACGGCUACCCGUCCGACUAACUGCCUGUAG